ACCCAGGAGGUGGAGGCUGCAGUGAGCUGAGAUCAUGCCACUGCACUCCAGCCUGGGCAACAGAGCGAGAGGCUAUCUCCCGAGCUCAAAGGAUCCUUCCUUUGGCCUUCCAAGGUGCUGGGUUUAUAGGUGUGAGCACUGUGCUCGGCCCACACGUGGGUUCCUAUAGAUCCCACUUUACAGGCAGGGACACUGAGGCACGCGGAGCCGGGAUACAGACCCAGCAAGUGCCGGCUCCUCUUCUGGGUGGCCCAGCCCAUCUCUGACACCCACACUUACCCAGGCCUGGUGGCUGCGUCAUGGACAUGGGGGCAAGGCAGCUGUCUGGGUGGGCAGAGGCAGGAGCUGAGGCAGGGAUAUGGGCAUCCUUUUGGGUACAUCUAGUCCUAGAGCUGAUCCAGGGGCCAAAUGUGCAGCCAAGGCCAGGUCAACCCCAGCACUGCCCUGUGGGUGGGGGUAGCAGGGAGCCAACAGUCCAGGCCCUACAUCCUGUUCUAAUAGAGUGACAAGUCUGAUGAGGCUGGGGGUGUACAGGCACUGAGAAGGCAGCAGGAGGACAAGGAGCCAAACAUACGGGGUGGCAGGGGAACCCAGGGAGCCGGAUACACGGUGGGGGGAGUCCUGGGAGUUGGACACAUGGGGCAGGUGGGGGGUCCAGGGACCUAGACACGGGGAGUGGGGAGGGGAGUCCAGGGGGCUAGAUACACAGCAUGUGGGGUGGGUCCAGGGGGCUAGACACACAGGGUGGGGGGUGGGUCCAGGGAGCCGGACACACACCUGGGGUGGGGAGGGAGCAUCCAGGGAACCAGGUCUAGGCAGAGGCAACUGGCGCAAAGGCCCCGAGGCAGAAGAGGGUUUGGUGUGUGAGACGGGACUGAGGACAGUGGGUGAGGGGCAGCCCCACCGGGACGCGUGGGUCCAGGAGGACGGGCUGUAGGGUGUCUGGGCUGCAGGCACGGCAGGGAUUGGAGUGACCCAGUGUAACAAUGUGGGUGGGGGAUGACACCAGACCCCUGGCUUAUUGCCCCACCAGGGGAAUUCCCAGACACCAGACACCCCCUCCACUCCCACGCAGAAGUGCGGGCUGAGCGUUCGGGUGAACCAGGCUGCUCUGUCCCGGGGCCGGGCUCCGUUCAUUGAUCCGCAGAUGGAUAAAAACAGGUCUGGAAAACUCACACUGUUUUUCCUCUACUCUCACACCACAAGAAUCAUCAGCACAGAGGAAGACUUCUGUGACCAAAUGUGGCGGGAGAGGGAGUUUGUCACCAGCAUGUGAGCAGUCAGCUCUGCAGCAGACUCGGCUGGGUGUCCUUCAGUUCAGUUCCACCAUCGCCUGCCUGGAGAGAGGUCAGACCACAGGCGGCCACCAUGCUGCCACUGGACUCAGAGCCGGCCCUGAAUGAGCUGCUGCUUCGCAAGGAGGAGGAGUGGAGGGCGUUGCAGGCCCACCGCAGCCAGCUGCAGGAGGCGGCUCUGCAGGACACACGGAGCCAGCUGGAGGAGGCGCAGGGGAAACUGCGGUGCCUGCAGGAGGACUUUGUCUACAACCUUCAGGUGCUGGAGGAGCGGGACCUCGAGCUGGAGCAUUAUGAAGCUGCCUUCGCCCGGGCCAGGGAGUGGGAGGAGGCCAGGCGGGCAGAGGUGAGCGAGCUCAAGAUAGAGGCAGCUAAGCUGAGGCAGGUGCUAGCCAGAGAGGCCAGGAAGGUGGAGGAGCUGCAGCAGCAGCAGCAGCUGGUGUGGCAGGAGCAUCGCCUGGAGCUGGAGCGCAUCCACAGUGACAAGAAUGGUGAGAUCGACCACCACCGGGAACAAUAUGAAAAUCUAAAAUGCAGGCUGGAGAGAAAACUUGAGGAGCUCGAUGGUGAGCUUGCUCUGCAGAGACAGGAACUGCUGCUGGAGUUUGAAUUGAAAAUGCAGAAGAGGGAGCACGAAUUCCGUCUGCAGACUGACAACAUGAGCAACACAGCCUUGUCCCAGGAGCUCAAGGUUAAACUACUGCACAAAGAGCUGGAGGCUCUGAAGGAAGCCGGGGCAAAGGCUGCAGAGAGUCUGCAGAGGGCAGAGGCCACCAACGCCGAGCUGGAGAGGAAGCUCCAGAGUCGAGCCGCGGAGCUCCGGGACCUGGAGGCCAUGAACUGCGCCCGGGUAAAGGACUUAGAGGAUAAACUUCACUCUGUGCAGCUAACCAGGAAGAAGGAAGAGGAAACAUUUAAGAGGAAGCAUGAGGAGCUCGACCGUCUGGCCAGGGAGAAGGACGCGGUGCUGGUGGCGGUGAAGGGAGCCCACGUGGAGCAGCUGCGGGAGCUGCAGGCCAGCGUUCUGGAGCUGCAGGCCCACUGCGAGACCCUGGAGGCACAGCUCCGCAGGGCAGAGUGGAGGCAGGCCGACACGGCCAAGGAGAAGGAUGCUGCCAUUGACCGACUUCGUGAAGAUGCGUCAACUGUGAAAUCUGCCUGGGAUGCUCAGAUUGCUCAACUGUCUAAGGAGAUGGUCUCCAAAGACCUUCAGAUUCAGACGCUGCGGGAAGAAGAGGUGAAGCUCAGGGCACAGGUGGCCCGAUCCCAGCAGGACAUUGAAAGGUACAAGCAACAGCUGUCCCUGGCGGUGGAAAGGGAGCGGAGCCUGGAGCGUGAUCAGGUGCAGCUGGGCCUGGACUGGCAGCGCCGCUGUGACGACAUUGAAAGGGACCAGAUCCAAAAGUCAGAGGCCCUGAUUCAGGGUCUGACCACGGCAAAAAGUCAGGUUGCUGCCAAGCUGCAGGAGACAGAGCGGGCGCUACGGGAGCAGGAGGUGGUGCUGAAGGCCGUGACUCUGGAACGAGACCAGGCCGUGCAGGCCCUGAGGAUGCAUGGGCUCCCCGGACCAGGGGCGCAGAUGCUCCUCGGGCAGCAUGAAGAAGAAAUAAGUAAAGACUUUCCAUCCAGUGAGAUCCAGCAGCUCCGAGAGCAGAACACGAGCUUGCGAAGCGCGAUCGCCCAGAUGAGGAAAGAAAUGGAGGCUCUAAGCCAUCAGAUUCCUCCUCCCGCCCAGACAGCAGCAGAGAGCACAGAUGCAAACCAGCCUGACCCAAAGGCUGGGGGAGACACCGCCACUCCUGAUUAUGUUCUGGCCCUUGAAGCAGAAAUACGAACUCUAAAGCAUAAGUUUAAAACUCUGGAAGAGCAUCUAGAAGAUGUGCUGGAUCCUUUAAAGAUGUCCUCACCUCGUGCUGAGUCUCAGCCCAGUGUCCGCACCUCGACAGAGACGACUGGAGGGUCUGUCCAAGCUGGCCCAGUGUCCUCCGGACUGGCACUCAGGAAGCUCGGGGACAGAGUGCAGCUCCUAAACCUGCUGGUGACACGACUCAGACAGAAGGUGCUGCGGGAACCCCUGGAGCCGGCAGCUUUCCAGCGUGAGCUUCCCCCUGGAGUGGACCAGGUACACCUGGAGGUUUUGGAGCUGCGGAAACAGGUGGCUGAGCUGGGGAAGCAUCUCAGGAUAGCCCACCACGGGGGAGCAGAGCCUUCAGUCCAGAAGCAGCCCCCAGCCUUGGACGCCGUGACCCUAGGGAGAGAGGGCCUCGCCAAGGGAGAGCCUGUGGAGGCCGAGGACCAGGGGGAGCUUUUCCUGCACCUCCGGCCGGUGGCACGCGCCCCCCAGACCUUAUCUAUGCACCAACUCCAGAGGAAGCUGAAGGAGGCAGCCAGAAAAAUCCUCAGCCUCUGCCUGGAGAAGGAGCAGCUCAUCGAGAUGGGGAACAGGCUCCGUGCGGAGCUGGGCAGGCCUGAAGGGCGGCCGCCGCACCAUGCCCUCCCUCCUGCCCCCGAGGCCCGGAAGCCAGGCGAGGAGCCCAGGAGGCCUUUGGAUCGCAGCCCACCUUUGAGACAGGUGCAGCCCCAUUUUACAGCUCAGGACGCCAAGAGUGCCGAGGAGGAGUGUCCUUCUGGACCCUUGGGAAAGCACCGGCCCCGCCCAGCACAGGUGGGCAGCAGAUUUGAUGCCCUGCGAGGCCCGAAGACACAACGCAGCAUCCACACAGUGACCUGUAAAUCACCUCGGCAGAAAGAAGGCAGGUCCCCAAAGCCACCCCAGGCUCCCAAGCGCCCUGAGGAGCAUGGCCGCCAAUCCCACAGCUCCUCCUCCCUUGCCAGUGGCGCCCUCCAGGACACUUGGAGGUUGCUAGACCUGGGAUCCAGCCCUUCUGGCCUCACCUCCCAGGGUGACUCAACUCCAGAGCUCCCGGCUCCUCCAGCAGUCGAUAGGAGCCCCGUCAAGAUGCAGGCAGGCAUUGCCACCCCAGGGAUGAAGACGGCAGCCCAGGCAAAGGCCAAGCCCACAGGAGCCUCCCGGUCUCAUCCCGCAAAAGUUAAAGACUGCCAGAGGCCCCCCAAGAUCCGUAACUACAACAUUAAGGACUGACUUCCUCCCCCCGCCCCGCCCCACCCCCCUCGGGGCUUCCGCAUGGUGCCUGCGCUUUCACCUCCGUGGUGGGGGUGUGUGGGCGCAGCGUGCAGGGUGGAGGCAGGGAGCUGCAGGACAGGCUCCCAAGUGCUGAGGCGACCCUGCUGACCGAAGGCCUCCCUGAGCGCCGGGCCCAUUAAAACCAGGUUCUUCCCUGGGGCGUCUGCUUGGCCA